UUUCCCUUAGGAAACUACUUUGCAAGCCACUUCUUUAUGGGAGGCGAGAAGUUUGACACCCCUCACCCCGAGGGAUACCUUUUUGGUGAGAACAUGGAUCUAAACUUCCUUGGGAAUAGACCUGUUCAGUUCCCAUAUGUGACCCCAGCUCCCCAUGAGCCCGUGAAGACACUGAGAAGCUUGGUGAAUAUCCGCAAGGACUCUCUCCGCCUCGUCAGGUAUAAAGAUGAUGUGGACAGUCCUACUGAGGAGAAUGGGAAGCAGAAAGUCCUGUACAGCCUGGAGUUCACUUUUGAUGCAGAUGCUCGUGUUGCCAUCACAAUCUACUGCCAGGCUACGGAGGAGUUUGUUGGUGGCAUGGCCGUAUACAGCACAAAGAAUCCCUCUCUGCAGUCUGAGACGGUUCAUUACAAGAGAGGGGUAAGCCAGCAAUUCUCCCUGCCUUCUUUCAAGAUUGAUUUCUCAGACUGGAAGGAUGACGAGCUGAACUUUGACUUGGACCGUGGUGUGUUUCCAGUGGUCAUCAGAGCAGUGGUGGAUGAAGGGGAUGUGGUGGUUGAGGUGACAGGCCAUGCCCAUGUUCUUCUGGCUGCAUUUGAAAAGCAUGUCGAUGGCAGUUUCUCCGUGAAGCCAUUAAAACAGAAGCAGAUUGUUGACCGGGUGAGCUACCUGCUUCAGGAGAUCUAUGGCAUUGAAAACAAAAACAACCAAGAGACCAAGCCUUCAGAUGACGAGAACAGCGACAACAGCAAUGAGUGCGUGGUUUGCCUGUCAGACCUCCGGGACACUCUCAUUCUGCCCUGCAGACACCUCUGUCUGUGUAAUUCCUGUGCUGACACCCUGCGCUACCAGGCCAACAACUGCCCCAUCUGCCGGCUGCCCUUCCGUGCCCUGCUGCAGAUUCGAGCUGUGAGAAAAAAGCCAGGGGCUCUGUCACCGGUGUCAUUCAGCCCCGUCCUGGCACAGAGUGUUGACCAUGAUGAGCAUUCUUGUCUCUUUAAAUCCCCUAAAGUGAACACUGUCACCCUGCCCAGCAGGAAACCUAAAAGGAAAACAAGCUCUGACAACAUCCCUCCAGGCUACGAGCCUAUUUCCUUGCUGGAAGCUCUGAAUGGCCUUCGCUCUGUGUCCCCCUCCAUCCCGUCAGCUCCUCUGUAUGAAGAAAUCAACUACUCUGGCAUGGUGGAUGGGAUGCCCCCUGCAAACCGACCGCUUGUUGGGAUGGACAGAGCUGUGGAGAGCGGCCACCAGAAGGGCAAGCGGAGCAAGUCUCCAGAUAGGUCAGCAUGGGGGCAGAGGGGUCUGCUCCUUUGUAAGCCCUGAGGGCUUGUGGCCAUGUGUACUGGGUGCUGAAAGGGAGCUGUGUCUCUGAAUCACUGGUGGCAUUGCUAGCUCAUCCUGUUAGGAGGCCAGCAGGUUCUCAUGGCAGUGAGAGAACUGGGAUACCACCUCUGUGUCCAGCCUGAAGAGACCAGCUUAUGUCUCCUGGGAGUUAGCUUUGACAUCCAAAGGAUUUUUAGUAAGGAAAUUUCACCUAGUCUUUGGGUGGGAAUGUCUUCCUUUUCAAUGCAGCUAGUGCCUCCGCUUGCAUGUGACAUUCAAACCUUGCAGGAUUUCAGCUUUCCACAGAGUUCCCUGGGAACAAAAGAAUGGAGAAGUGACCUGAAUUUCAGAGAACAAAAUGCUGAGAUCCUUUA